GCUGCUUCUCUCUGUCCCUGUUUCGGAUAGACAGAGCGGCUGCCUGCUGGAUCCCUGCCUCUCUUCCUCUUUUCCUCUUUUUUUCCUCCGUAUGUGCCGAUCAGAGGCCCAGAGACUCGCAGCAUCCAGCAGCAGAUGGAGGACCUCCACAGACCACCUACAAGCCCAGGAAACUCUCUGUUCCAGAGGGCGCUGCAGCUCCUGGACUAGUUUCCCUCAGAGUUUUGUUGUGAGAAAGACUCAGAAGUGAAAGGUUUUAUUUGUUUGUCAGUUUCUUCUUGAGCUCCGGACUCUGAGCUCUAUCUCCUCCCCUUUUCUCUUUCACUGGCUCAGCUGUCACUCUGUCUGUCUGUCACUCUCAGGAUAUCCCCUUCCCUCUUUCUAGGGUUUCAUAAUGCAUCAGGAGCUCGUUCAGAGGCAGAGCUGGAGUCCAUCCUGCUGCUUUGAAGAUACGGACGAGCACUGAGGACUUUAACAGCAUGAAUCAACAGACUGUGGUCAUGGAAACAAGGAAAGGUCACAGGCCGGUGGCUCUCAGAGACUCAAACUCAACUUUUUAUAACUAGAAACAAAUCACUCUUAAUUAUUGACCUUUGAGGCUGUUUUUGAGGGAGGAUCUCACGAGCAGAGUGGUUUUUGUGUCUUUAUUCUGCAUUGAAUCAUGGGUAAUGCUGCAGGAAGCAUGGAGGUACCCCAGGGGAAGGAGGGCAAAUCUACGUCCACCCCUCCGGUCUCCACGGGACCCCAGAAGCAACCAGCAGGACUGAAACUCCCAAUGCCACCUGAGGAAGAGCUGGAGCAGCGCUUCGGUGCCGUGCUGGUGAGUGACUGUCAGGUCGUGUCAACUUUGACACAAUAGAGGCGAGCAGACGGCAAACAGGCGAGAAACAAAGAAUGCUGAAUAUGUAGGAAAUGUGCACGUCCACCUCAGGACCGGCUUAUCACUGUGCCAGGUACACAAUACCACUGUGGAGAGAUACAUAAGAGCUCCUUUAUGCUGGAGCUUACUGCAGCAUUAGGCUGACUGCAUGCUCUGCUGGAGGGGAGGGUGGUGGUGAGGGUGGUGGUGAGGGUGGUGGUGAGGGUGGGGGGCAGAUCUGUUUACAGUUUAAUUAAAAGUGCAGAUAAAAAAAAAAUGCACUUUAUUAAUGUGUCACUUUUUGUAGAUUUAAAUACUUAAAAUCAUGAACUCACCUGAAAAAGAAGGUAAAAUCUACACAAACUUUAAAAACUUUAAAGUGCAUCAAACUGGUUUCAUCAAGAAUAAGUUUCCCCACCACCAGAGGUCAUGACCCUAACACCAUCCAACACCGUUAAUGUAGGGUGACCAUCUGUCCUCUUUUACCCGGACAUGUCCUCUUUUUUUGUCCGGGGGAGUUUAUAAAAUCCUUCAAAUGUCAAAUGGAGUUUUAUACGGAAGUUUCUAGUUUGUGUCACGUGGACAAACUGAGUUAGAAACGCGUAAAAGACACUCGAUCCGACCUGAAAAACUCUCAAAAUUAACUACGUGUAACUCCACCCUCAUGUAGUCGUGUCCUCUUCCUGGAGAUUCAGAAUAUGGUCACUCUAUUUAAUGUUGAAGUCGCACUUUUUUCUGUUUACGCUCCUGACUGCGCUCCUAUUGGUCAACAUCACUGAGGUGGAGAAACUCAUCAAAGAUGGCCAAGAGAGAACACUGCAAUCGGAGGAGAAGCACUCGCAAGAUUACCACUAUUUCUCGAGAGACUGGAUGAGAUCUUACAAGAUCUUACGUGUUUCCCUGGGAGUCCCAGAAUGAGAUCCGCCGAUCAGUGUAUAUAAACACCCACAUCCCACAACCCUGGCCUCUCCUAUUAUCAAGCUAAGAACAGUUUAACGUAUUGACUUUAUUUUAUUUUGAAAAUUAACCGGAUAUUUUACUCUGUAGACACAUAAAUCUUCCGCUGCUGCUCGUGCUGCGCUGCACUGAAUUGAUGCGCCGUGUUCUGGCGUCCAGCAAAAAUAGAAGCCCUGUGUAUUUGAUCUGGCUUGUCAUAAGUUUGCAGAGUUUUGUUGCAGUUUGCUCGUGUUUUGUGUCUGACUCUGGAGAUGAACUGUCAGCAUCAGUGAGCUCCCAUCCUGGUGUUGUGUUUACGUUUAGGUUGAUGAUCUGGAAAAGAAGAGACACUUAGAUCAGCUCAAAGAUCUGAAACAAACUUUACUGAUUAAACUGCAGGGAUCCACUGAGAACAGCUAAGAGUCCAGAUGCGAAGCCUUCACUCUUAUCCUGAAUGUGCGACGGCUCAAACUUUGGAAAGGUUAAACCUCCACCAGCUUCAGACUGAUCAGACUUCCUAUUAUAUUAACAUCAAAUUCAAAGUUAAACUAACAGGCUUCAUAUAAACUGUAAAGUCUGAGCGUCCCCUCUCUGAUAAAAACACUGACUCUAAUGCUCCUCAAAUUUCACUCCAACAGCGCGUGACUGUAAGCGCUCGUGUUUGCAAAUCAGACGUUUGUGCAAUAAUGCUCAUUUGCAUAAUAUGGGUCAGAGUUGGGGCCUAACGUCCUGCUGAGAGCUGCAGCACACAGAGAUGCUGUUUGUUUGUGGGACUUUUAACUCUGUGCACAUGUUUAUGAUUUAGAGGCUGUUGGUGUAAAAACCACAAAAAUGAUCUGUGGAUUAGGCUUUAGGUGUAUGAGGAGGUGUUAAGAGGAUCAAGUUCAACGCAGAGAAACAGUUUCUAUAAUGGGAUCGAUGUGUCGGAGGUUAAAGUGCAGAGGAAAAAUUUCAAAAAGAAGGACUUUGAUUCAUCAGAUUUAAGUUGCUAUUUAAUUUUUUUUGCACGUCUCCUUGAAUUUAACGUUUUUAAUAUUAAAAAGGAUCUCUAAGAUAACAUGUCGUGAUCGUGGUACUUUUGUCACAUCUUUUCCGUCUGAAUCCAAGAAAAUCCGCUUUAACGUCAUCUUUAAGUUUUCUAGAACGUCAAACUUUUUGUUUUUGUUUUCACCGAGUUUUCCUCUCAGACUCUCGCCGUCACACGACCUGCAUUCCUCGACAGUGGAUUCGUCCUCGUUUCUUGCUCUUAUUUUUCUCUGGUUUGAGCUGUGACGGGCUGAUCUCAUGCCUGCCUGAUGACGGAUCGGAGUCUGACAGCGCAGACAUGUUCGAUAUGUGGACAGACCGCUUACGGCGUGAGCUGCAUUCCUGCUCUGAUUGUUAUCACCUGAGGUUCUGAGCUUCAGGAGGAUCAUUAGUGACAUCCUGUCAGCUGCUCUGUCAUGUUCUGGUAUUAAAACAUAAACAAACAGGCCGGAGGAUCAUCGUACGUACAGAAACAGAACCUCCUCCUUCCCUCCUGGAGGUGAGCGGUAAUCAAUGAGCGCUCUGAUUGAUGCCGCUCCCUCCUUCUGGGGCGGUUUUAAUCGAUGUGUGUGAGCUUUAAACUCUCCUGUGAGGGCCGAUCUGAAACUGUUAUUACCUCUGCUGAAGAGCUUUUCCAUUUAGAGGAGAUCCAUGAUCCACUUCAGCUGAAGUCUUUGAUACUUGGUGGAAAGAUAAACGUCUAAAUCAGUAAAAAUCAAACCUAAUGAUGAUGUUCAGAACGAUUCAUGGAGGUGGUGAGGAGUUUGAGUCGAGUUUAACUGAUAACUUAAAUGUUUAAAAUCCUCCUGAGGGAACUUUUAAUCUUCAUUUCAGACAGGAGGUCUUCAGUGCUUCAUAAAUAAGUCAGUCAUCAUCAUACGUAGAGCUCUAAUUUAAAGAUCUGCUCUGUUGUUUUAUCAUAAAUAUGCAUUUUUCUGCAUCGAUCAGUCCUCUACAUGCAAAAACACGAGGAGGCUGAACCUUUAUUGACCUCAGGCGGACCUGGAUCUGCACCAAGAGCAUCAAAACACAGAAUUGACAAAGACAUCAAAACUGUCAGAGUAUAAAUAGAAAAGAUCAACCUACACUCCGCAGAUACUCUGCAUGGAGAAGCAUCUCCAACUAACACCGAUGACUUUACAUGCAAUAAUAAUUCACCACAACAGAGCGGCAACUGCUGAACGUUCAGCAAUGUUCAGUUUCUGUGCAGAUGUGUAGCUUUUCUUGCAACAUAUCUCCAGUUUCCUGUAGAACUUCUUUCUAUUUACUGCACAUUCUUACUUACUUACUUCCCCGACUUUGUGAGAACAUGUACUCGACAUAAUUUACAGUCCACAUUACUCUGCUUCAUGUCCGACCUCCAAAACCAAAAUACCUCCACACCACCAACGUUUUCCUAACGCCAGUGUUGUGGUUGACAUUGAUGUGGUCAUCUGUUGAGCCUUCAUGGUCAUUUCUGUCGGGGGUAGCACUCAUUUUCUUUGUUUCUCACCAACAGUGCUGUCGGCUUCACCUGUUAAAGUGCUAUGGUUCGGUGUAGCUGCUGUCUGCUACGACUUUGCAGUUGGUUGAUACUUUGUUCUAAUUCAGAACAUGAUUGGUUCAGACCAGGAGCAACUCCCCUUUUCAUCGGCUAUUCGUAUAAUCUACCAAAACAUGUGAGAAAGACGACUAUCAAAAAGCAUAUUGAUCAUGUUUUAUAUUGAUAUUAAGGGAAAUUAAUUUUUGAUAUAUAUCACUAUCGUUUUAUCGCCCAGCCCUACUUCUAUUUAUCAAAUGAAUCAUGUGGAUCGACUCAGUCAUGAUCAGACGCUCCUGGACUCAGUCUGAGUUGUUGUAGGAUGGUUUUUGUGUGUCUGUGUGUGUGUAGGAUGUGUCAGGGUCGUGGGAUGACCACUGCAACAACUUCAUGUGCCAACAGUUUUCACCCCGUGUGCCAACAGCUGCAGCGUUUGUGUUAAAGCAGGUGUGUGAAGCUGCAGUAAGUUUUUUGGGUAUUUUGUUAUUUUGCAGAUUUCAGGCAUCGUUUCUGCAGCAGAUGAACUGAAUCUCAAAUCACUCCUCCUCCUCCUCCUCCUCCUCCUCCUCCUCCUCCUCCUCCUCCUCCUCCUCCUCCCAUCCUCUGCUGAAAGCGCUCCCUGGGUGAUAACAGAAGGAUUUCUGCUCCAUCACUUUUGCAUCCCCCCUCAAAUAUAGAUCAUCUCCCCCAACAACCCCGCUCCUCCUCCUCCUCCUCCUCCUCCUCCUCCCGCAGUCUUCUGCUGAGUCUGCAGAGCAAAUCUUCUGUUAAGUGGAGAAGAAACUCUGUCUGCAUACAAACCAGCUGACUGGGAGUGAAGAGAUAGAAGUGAAGGAUGCUGCAGACUGACACUGGCCUCUUUCUGCAGAGACUCAGAGGAGAGUGUCCCUCAGAGGUGUUUGAGUCUGCAGGGCGUGUGCGCUCGUGUGCACAUUUGCAUGACAUCCUGCCGUAUUUGUGUGCAGUUUAAUCCUACAGGUCUCUUUGUGAGCAGCUCGUAUUGACGCUGUCUUCGUGUCAUGAUGCCUGUUGUGUCUGAUGUCACUGCGUGGUUUUCAUUCAGAGAGGAUCGACUCAAAAGAAACAGAAAUUUGCUCAGAAAACAGGACGUGACUCUGAUUCUGCCAGUGAAAGGAUCUAUCCAAUUUUACUGGGAGCGCUCUCUCUUCAGGGUUUUACAUAACACUUUGCAUAUUUCCCAGCUGGGAAUGCGGCAGUGGGUGGAAUUGUAAAUGUACAUCUGUGGAUUUGAGCAGAGUAUUUACAGACGGAGACAAAGACAAAAAGGAAAAAUGAAAGGUUGUUGUUUACUCUCUUGUUAGGAGGUGAAGAAGCUGCUAAGUGAAGUCCUCUGUUCUGAGUUUGUCUCUUUAGUCACAAACCUGCAGGAUUAGAAGAACACAUUAUCAGGUUUAACUUUACUGUGUUUGGCAGAAGUACUUCUGUGAUACUUGGUUGCCAAAACUAUAUUGACAUGCAUGUCUCUGACUCUCUACUCGAGGCUGUCGUCCUGCUGUAGCGGCUAAAACACGCCACACACUAAUAAAUAACGGUGCAGAUUUUGAGCUUGGAUCCCAACUUAUGACUGAAGUCAGCAAAGACCUGAUUAUAGAGUCUUCCUGGACUAUCCUGAGGUGUUCUGUGUGUUCAGAGUGAUUUUUACUCCCACCAAUUAAUAAUAAAUAUUAGACGUGAUCAAUAAAACCUACGAUUAGAAAAAUCUACACAUUAGGGCUGAACGAAUUUGGCCAAAAAUAAAAUCCCAAUUUUUUUUCUCAGAGAACUCGAUUUUUGAUUUUUUAUUCACCAAACUUCACUUUAAAAAUAAAAAGUUUUUCCAUCAUCUCUCGAAAUUAAACCACUGAAAACGAUGUUGUGCAUAUGUCCAGUUGUCCUUUCAACGAAGAACUAGAAAUCAUAGAUGCUGUGUCAUAAUCAAUAUACACUCUGUCUGUUGUCCGAGGGAACGAUGACAGCCGAUCAGGAAGCAAGCUGACCAAGGAAGGAAGCAGAACAAGUGCAGCCAUGUCAACACGAAGCAUGAACUUUGAUAAAUGUCAGAAAUAUUGAACCCACUUUUUGAAAACAGUCAAACACACAACAUGAAUCGGAAAGCUGAGCGGCUAGCAACAUUUAGACCCUGUAGUCAGCCAUGUUUUUUUUCUCUAAAGUCACAUUUGAUCACGAGAGAUUCUACAAGAUUUUCAGUUUUGUGAGUCAGGACUUUAGUUAAAGGUAAAAAGAGUCUUUAUGAGUCUUUAAAUUAUUUAAAAGCCCCCUCCUGAGACUCAUAUCUGAGGUUUCACUCAGCUCAUGGUAAUAUUCAGUUUGGUGUAAUCCUGAAAUGGAUUUCUGAUCAGACUGCUGGAGACUCACAGGUUAGUGUUGGACAGGAGGAGAGCCGAUCAUUUCACAGUCAUUAUUCAGCCUCUGCUGCUGCUGCUGCUGCUGCAGCUCGUCUCUGUGAACAUGAUGAUUCCAUCGAUCCUGCCUUUUGGGACCGUCAGCACUUUUAUAAAUGCAGGAAUGCAUCAGCGACACAACAAUGACCCACUUCUGUCUGCCGAACACAACAACACACUGUCUUCUUCUCUCUGCUGCCAGUUUGAGCCUCAUACUCUUCAAUUCGGUGCGACGUUAAACACGGAUUACAGACGCUUCAAUCUGAUGCUGCGCCGUUUAAAUGAACCUCGACUUUGGUUCCUUUUGUCGGCUCGUUUAAAAGCAGCUGUGAAGGUCACUCCUCUCACUUUUUAAUACCACUUAAAUCAGCACAGUUAAAGAGCAGCCAGGGAGAUCUCCAAGUCUGCAAAAUACUGCAGCAAUUACUGUGCAGGUUGUCAUGGAGAGAGAGAGAAAAAGCCAAUUUGAGUGUGACAAAAACGGCCACAUGCUUUCACACUUAGCAUGUCGUGGUGUUCGUGAAACCAACCGAGAGAAAUUCAACUCGUUUCAAACUGAAACUACCCGCCCGUGAUCCUCCAGACCAAAAACCAUCCGACCCUGACACAGCAGGAGGGCCUCAUCCUCAGAAGAGACCCUGUAGAAGAUGAAGUUCUCACCUGGUGAAGUCUGGACUCUCACAGGUCUGACUAAUUAAGGCUUUACUGACAGGAACUGUUGAUUUUUCUGCAGAUUAAAGGGACCAGCAGCGUCUAAAGUAGUUAAAAUGAACUCUUUAAUUAACAAACAUGUUAAAAAACGCAAAAACAAACACAAAAGUGUUUGAAAAUUUAAGUUCACUGACGGUUAGAAGAAGUGAACGUUGAACCUUGGUCCCUUUUAUUGAAACUGCUUUAUUUCUAAGCUACUAUUUUUUAUUUGACCUUUGACCUGCUCUCUUCUGAGGCCUUCAUGAGGUCUUUGCUGCUCCUCUUCCUGCCUUUGUUUUUCCACCGUAGCUCCUCCCUCUUUCACACACAGUCAGAUUUUUCCUCUGUCAUAUGUAACAUCACUGCAGUUUCCUCUCUGGGGUCUUUGCUGAUGCUCUCCCUGCCUCGUCUCUCCAUGUUCACAGAUCAGAGCAGAUUUCUGCUCCAGCCUUUGUAACAUGAUGGUCGGUACUUCUUCACAUCUGUUCGGUGGAGCCGCGGCGUUGACGUCAAACACUCGUCUAACUUCCUGAUAAAAUGUUGGGAACAGAUUUUAGAGUCGGACUCUCACAGUUUAAGUCGGUUCAGUAGAUCUGAGUGUUGUGUUUUAAUCCAGUGAAAACAGUGCUGUGGAUAAUCAGAGCUGUCAAUCAUGAUUAUAUGGGAUUAAAUUAUUAUUUAAAGCUAAACUUGUCAGAAAAUUAACACUUGGACAUUAAUUUAGCGGGAUGAGGACGAAUUAUAGUGACAGGAACCAUGUUUGUUUGUUUGUUUGUUUGUUUUUAUAGUAUUAUUUUGAGUGAUUUGGAUAGGACAGAGUGGAAAUAUGGGGAGAUAAAGAGAGAGGGGGGAGGACAUGCAGCACGUGGGGCGCACCAACCCACUCAGCCAUCUGCGUGAUCCCAUGACACCAUGUUUUUGAGGAAAUCAUUCGACUUGUGUUUCAGGUUAAUAGUUUAACCCAUGUCCCGUCUGUUAACAUGGAGGAGGAUGUUGUUUGUUUGUUUCUGUAACUUUUUAUUAAACUUUGACAGGAUGAUCUUUUUUUCUGAUGAUGGUAACUCUUCCUUUGACCGUCUUCAUUUUCAUCGAUGUCUUCUUAAAUAGGGUGGCCAUAUUUUGGAUCCCCAAAAAGAGGACACGACUUCGCGGGGGCGGAGUCACAGAGUCAUGCGUAGUUAAUUUUGAGAGUCGGAUUGAGUAUUUUUACGUGCUUAUAACUCAGUAAGACCACACGACACAAACUCAAAACUUCCAUAUCAAACCGCAGACAUUUGGAGGAUUUUAUAAUCAGCCCCCAAAAAGAGGACAUGUCCUGGUAGAGGAGGACGUACGGUCACCCUCAUCUCAAACCCGUGGUGUUAUUUCCUCUCCGAGUUGGAACCGCUUCAAGAGUGUCCACAUAUAACCAGCUCGUAUUGACCCACCGGCUCCAUUCAUCAGCCUGAUUUAUCAGAUCCACAUGCAGCCCCACAGCAGCAUUGAUUUACUGCGCCGGAUAAAUCUACCGUGGCCUUGUUUUUCUGCAUGCCUCACAUCAUGUCCACAGAGACCAGCGUGUGAUUUUUGGAGAGCCUCAAGUUCAGCUCAAGAAUAAUGAGGUUCAUAUAUUUGUACCUCGUAGACUGUGUACUCUGUGGGCUGACCGCAGAUACUUUGAGUUUUCCAUUGAAAUACGUCUAAAAACUCAAUGAGGGUGUGUUUCUGUGACAUCCUGGAGCUUCUCUAACCCGCCGAGAUGAUCAGGGUGUUCAAUAAAAUGACGUCAUUAUUGUCGUACAUUUCUGUAUCUGCAAAUAUUCUGUUUAUCGCCCUACCUGUCAGUCUGAUUCGAGCAGCAGCUGGUAUCCUGCUUCAACUCCUAAAAAUCUGGUGACAUGUUCAUCUGGAGCUUUCAUCACAUCACCGCGAAGUAACUAAAAAGUCUUUCCGGUCGACUGAGUCACUUCUGAAGACUCCGCACACACCCCUCUCGACCCUGACCCUCACAUGAAUCUAAAAGUUACUAAAUUUUAUCGACUAAGAUGGAAAAAUGAGGGAGGAGGGCGAGAAGAAAACAAAACCCAGAUAUGAGGAGAACAUGAAACAUUUAAGCAAAGAGAGGCGAGUGUGGAGUCGCCCAGUUUGUGUUUGUUUUGUUACGAGUGCAGCUGAAGUUUGUGUGGUUGUAGUUUCAUAGAAUCAAACUACAUAGAAAUAAAUAUAAAGAAAGACCCGGUCUGUUUAGGGUCAGGGUCUUAAUGAAUGUGAAAUAACUCAGUAAAGGUUUGGAGCGUUAAAACUUCAGGUCCUCCUUGUCCGAUAGAAACUCUGUCCACUGUGUGAUUGUAACAAGACAGCGAGACAUUGAUUAAAAAGUGAUGAGUGAGUGAGUGAGUGAGGCUUGUUAUUGUGUUAUUGUGUUAUUGUGUUAUUGUGUUACUGUGUUAUUGUGUUGUGACAACAGACACUAACAUACAGCUGAUAAUGAGAAAGGGCUGACCGGACUCAGAGUGACUCAGUUUGGACCGGACCGCUGAGUCUGAGUCGAGUCUGCGAUAACGAGUGAGAGAAGAAGGUGUGAUUGUGUUCAGGUGUUUAGGAAGGUCAGGUGGUUUCUAGGUGGACUUUAAGGCGACGUAGAAGAGAUGCUGUAAAGUGCUUGCUUCUCUAGUUAUACCAACUUUAGUAACGACCGCAGGAUAGCAAUACAGAGAGCCACGCCCUCAACCAAAACGCCACUCUAUAGCCACAAAUAAUGCUCAGAACAGCACCUAACUUCAUCAACAGGACAUAUAGGGUCACAGACAUAGUACUAGACACCAAACAUCUUUUUAACUUUGACUCAUUUCUUUAGUAAAGAGACUAAACACAACUCACCUACUCUCUUCCAGCAGACGCUUGUUUGUACAGAGACCUCAGGCCAGUCCAUUACAGACUACAGCGGGGUGCCGCAGCUCAAGGAAGAACAUUUAUGAUCAUUUCUUCAUGGAAAUACAAUCAGACCGAGACGCUAAGACAGAAGAACUACUGUGUCUGUAAAAUGAUUAAUAUGAUGAUUAUUACUUCAAGGAAAUGAUAAAGAAAUGAUCAUAAAUGUUCUUCCUUGAGCUGUGGCACCCCGCUGUAGUCCGUAAUGGACUGGCCUGAGGUCUCGCUACAAACAAGUGGCUGCUGGAAGAGAGUAGGUGAGUUGUGUUGGGUCGUUGCUAAAGUUGGUAUAACUAGAGAAGCAAGCGGUCGGCAACAUUCAUCUCUGGAGAGGUUGUCUAACUUGGUGUUAUGGUGUGUUUGACCCUAAAUUAAUUUUAUGCCGGAUUAUCCCUUUAAACCGUCUCCUAACUGUUCCCUUUCAGAAUACCAUGAACCUUCCUCCAGACAAGGUGAAGAUCCUCAGCCAGUACGACAACGAGAAGAAGUGGGACCUGAUCUGUGACCAGGUGAGUUUACAGUAUCAUCAUGCAAACACAAGCACAGUCCAGCUCACACGAGGAAGCUCAUUAAUUAUGUACGUCACUGUAGUAACCACAGGGAGGUCCGAAACAAACCGAGUCAUGAUGAGAGAGUGACAGAGGACACCGCAGCUUCAGUUCACUCAGACCCUGUUCUUUUAGUAUGAGUCAAAACGUUUUACUCUGAAGGAGUGAGAGAGGAGAUGAGUGGGUGUGUGUGGGUGUGUGUGGGAGUGGGUGUGUGUCGCUGCUGCAGAGGAAUCAUUUCAGAAAACUUAAGAUCAGACUCAUUUGCAUGAGAGACGCUGAGUAAUCAAAGAGCCCGGGUGAAACCCUCUGCCCUCCGAGUCCCCCUCCUACUGCUCCUCACUGCAGCACAGCAAUCAAAUGUAAUUAAAGAUCUAUGUGUGUGUGUGUGUGUGUGUGUGUGUGUGUGUGUGUGUCUGCAUCUCCAGGAGCGGUUUCAAGUGAAGAACCCUCCGUCAGCGUAUCUGGAGAAGCUGAAGAGUUUUCUGGAUCACGGCGGAGGCGUCAGUCGGAAGGUAAGAAAGCAGAAAGUCCACCUCCCACUGCUGGGGUCAAAGUUCAAACUCUGAUGUGGAAAAUAGUUAAAAAUCAUUUAUACAAUACGUUUCAGACACAGAGGUACUUUGCAUGAAGAAGCAGAGGUAUGAAAAAAACUGCAGUUCCUCAAGUGUCCACUAGGGGGUUGCUUCAGAAGCUAAGGAAGCCCCAUUAACAAUCAUGUUAAAAUAGCAGUCAUAAUAAUAAUACUACAUUUUAUUUGUAGUGCCCUUUACAUCAAGAGACCUCAAAGGGGGACAUCUUAAAACAAAGACAUAUCACAGUAAAAGAAUAGAGAGUAAAAGCAAGAUAAGCAGGUCUUUAAAAAAGGUUUUUAUGAUGAGGAACCAAAAGUUCUGCUAAAAAGGAAAGUUUUGAGUCCUUUUUUAAAACAAUGAUGUUUAAAUUGACGUUUUUCACAGCAGAAUCAAACAUGUUUACAGUCUGAUGUCAAGAGAAGAGUUUGGUCUGAUUGGAUAAAAAUAGACUAAAUUAAAUUACAGUGAAAUUUUAUAUUGAAAAUUUGUUUUUAUUCAGCCAAAAGAAUAAAAAAGGUAAAAAAAUAAAAGUUAACUUUCAUCAUGUCCAGAAGCUCUGCCAACUCUUUUCCUCUGACCUUCAUUUAUCGCUUUAAACUGAAGUCUUUUUUAUUUAUUAUUAUUAUUAUUAUUAUUAUUGUUAUUAUCGUUAUUAUUUUUAUUAUUGUUAUUAUUCAAUUAUUAUUAUUUUUUAUUAUUGUUAUUAUUAUUAUUAUUAUUAUUAUUAUUUAUUAUUAUUAUUAUUAUUAUUAUUAUUUCACGGAUUAUUAUUAUUAUUUUUAUUAUUAUUUUACUUAUUAUUAUUAAAACAUGCAAGUUAUUAUAAUAAGUAACCUAUAUAGUGUUGAUCAGAUAUCUUUGUGUAUAAUAUGUAUUUAUUUAUACAGAUUUUUUUUUUAAUCUGUAAUUUUUAAGAAAUGGUCAGGACUAGAUCAUCUCUUUGCUUCAUUCUGUUCCUUCUCAAACUGUUUAUGUUUGUGUAAAUUUAUCUUUGACAUGUACAGCUGUUUGGUUCACAUAUAUAUUAUUUUGUUCUGUGUUUUUGUUUCUAGUUGUUUUUAUUUUUGUUGUUGUUCUUAAAGUUUGAGAUAAAUUAAGAAGAAAGAAAGAAGAAGAGAGAAUUUUCGGGUGUAUAAUGAAGCUCUUCCUCACCUCCUAACAUCUCCACUUCUGAUUUGUCAGUUUAAGAGACGAGUCCAGGAGUCCACCCAGAUCCUCCGAGAGUUGGAGAUUUCCCUGAGGACUAAUUAUAUCGGGUGAGUCUCUCUUCGGUUCACGUCACUGAGAGAAAGAAAAAAAACUUUAUAGAGUUGAAACUUUGUUUAAGGAGAGGCGCUGGUUCAGGAUGAGACUCAUUAAAGAGAAACCUAAACCGCAGGACAGCACAGUAGGAAGUGUGAGCUGAAGAACUGCAGAGAGCUGAAAUGUAAAUGUUGUUUCUGUUAUUAGAAAGAUAAAGAUAGAAAUCUGGUUCUUAUUCAAGUGUUAACAAGCAAAAACUCAAAACUGAGCAAGUGUGUCAGUCUGUAGUCCAGAACAGACGGACUUAAUUUAAUUUAUAUGAGAUAACAGUGUGACCUACAUUACGUUUAAUGUGCUAAACUAUUAAUGGAGUUCGAAACUGCACUUAUGAACUUAUGCAGGUAGAUCAGCAGCAAAGACCACCAGGAGGAGCUGAGACGGAGGCGGGUUAGAGUCGGCUAACAGCGCCCGUCUCGUCUGUGUUAGUCUGUUAUUUCCUCUGAUGGAUGAUCAGUGAAGCAGGACCUGGUCUGAGAUCGAUGUGCAGAGUUUUGUCCGUUAAUCUGAUCGGAAAAACCGCCAACAUCUCCUGAUCUAUGAGACAGAGGGCUGAAGGCAGAACCUGAAAAUGAGCUUUUGAUAACAUCUGAUUUUAGAGACAAGAAGGAAAUCUUUAAAUGUGACUGAAACACUUCUGCUGUUUACUGCUCUGUUCUCCUCUUCCAGGUGGGCUCAGGAGUUCUUAAACGAAGAAAAUCAGGGUUUAGAUGUUCUGGUGGAUUAUCUGUCCUUCACUCACAGUGCCGUCACGUACGUAUCCGCCCCGAACAACCUCGUUUCUCAUUCCUGGAACAGCCGCAGCUCCGCUGUGUCGCCUUAUCUCCUUCACUCUUCCUGUCAGCCUAUCAAACAUCAGCUGAGUGUCACCACAGGCCACAUUCGUAUGACGGUAAACUGUGUGACUCACAGGUAUGACGUGGACUAUCUGGACAACGGCGCGCUGCCCACGGAGAAAAUCAAGACUCUGGAGAAGUCAGCGGAGGAUCUGAGCCGAAGCGCCAGCAACUCUCCGACUCACAGUGCCUCCAAGGCCAGCAAGGCCUUCACAGUCAGGUACUGUCAGAGCGACGGACGGGCGAGGAGGGGAGGAGUCACACGCUCAGAGUGUUGAUGUUCUAACCUUGACUCAGAGUGACGCCACCGAGAGUUUCUCACAAAUAUGUUUCUGUCGACGUGCCGCCUCUUUCAUUUAAACUUAUUUUAGAUAUUUAUGAAAAUCCUAAAAACCUGACAGUGUCUCUGCUCUUUAUAAUCUUUUAAAGUAAUUAUGUUUCUCCAUCUAAACUAAAAUAUUAAACUUUUUACUUCACAAAACUUCAGGGUCAAAACUCUCGUUUUCAGACUUUAGAUAAACUUGAUUCACAAAACCUUUAGAGACCUCCGACAGUGAAAAAACUGGGACUAACUUUAUCUAACUUUAUUCAAAAAUACAACUAAAGGCAUCAAAACUGUAUAAUAAAUAUGUGUGUGUAUAUGAUAAAAAAAUAAUAAUAAAACCUCAAACUUAAUAUUCAGUAAAAUGACAGAAAGAUAUAAAAAAAUGUAUAUAAACACCAUUUUAACAGCAGUGAUAGAUUCAAUAUAAAAAAGGAAAUAUAAAUUAAACUGAUUUACUUUUUCCAGCUUUUUUACAUUAAUAAUAUAGAAUAACAUGUACUGGGUUAAAAUCAUAGGAAACUUUACAGUAAAUCAAAAGUUUAAAGGGAAAAGGGACUAAAAAUAUGAUAAUAAAUCUAUGAGAAACAGUAAAAAGUGUUGAAAGUUUGUAGUUUGUAAAAAAAAAUGCGAAACAUAAAGUAUGAAUCAAGAUGAUAAAUUCAUGAUAAACAAAACCUAAAAUAUUGAUAUCAUUGAUUAUAACUCAGAGAAAAUAAUUAGAGUUAUUUGAUUUAAAUGGACAUUUACCAAUCUGAGGUUUUUUUACUGAUUCUUUGAGUCGAUCUCGUCGAGUUUCAGAUUUAACAACUUUUUUUAAGACUUUAUUUUUAUCACCUGAAGACAUCAAAUCUUAUCUUUAUUCUUAUUUAUUUUAUUCUUAUCAUUUUCAUAUUUAAGUGAGAUAUGAAUCAAUGUUGAGUCUCACACUCAGUAACCUGUUAACACUAAAACACUCUUAUUAUCACUGCAGCUUCUCUUUCAUCGAGAUCACGCCGUCCUUUGGCUUUUCAGACGCUCACAAACACACCUGCUCCUCUCCCUGCUCUCCUCUCCUUCUCCUGCUCCUCUCCUCUCCCUGCUCCUCUCUCUCGCCUCCUUCUUCACAACAUUUGGAGCCUUUUAAACGUCUCUGACAGUAAACCAUCACAGUGAGCACAUGCAGGUGUACAUGAGCAGACACACACCUGCCUUCACACAGACACACACAUUCCUCGACAUCUGAUCUGAGUGUUCUGAUCCUCUGAGUUCUUCUCAUAGUUCGUGUUUUAGUUUGACUUGUUUGAGCGUGAAUGUGAAAAAUGUCGCCCUGAGAAACAUCAACAGACUUUGACGGACAGGUGGGCGUGUCCGAGUCUGUCUGUGUCACCCGUUCACCUGCAGCUCUGUGUCAUAAUGUGUGUCAGAAAGACCUCCUCCCCUCCUCUAAUGAUCGGUUCAUACAGCUGUUAUUAAAAUGAAAACUGUACGUAGAUGUAAAAGAAACAGAUCUGUGACCUCCGUGUUUCUCACCUGGCAGAUUCAACUCUCUCCAAAACAGGAAAGCUCUGAGGAACUCUCGUCCCGUGAGCCAGACAGACGACGUUCACCUCUGCAUCAUGUGUUUACGUGCCAUCAUGAACUAUCAGGUAAUUUAGAGUUAGAAAUUUAGACAUAGAACAGAGACUUCUGUUUAGCUUUUAAAACUAGAGUUUAUUAGAUAAUAAAAAGUUAAAAUAUUGGCUUUAAAUAGGAAAAUAGGAGAUAUACAGGGGUCUCCAUGUGCAGUCAAACAGCACACUCAGGUGUCGGUCAGUUACAGGAAAAUAAAUACAGGAAAUAAAAAAAUUCAGCUUUUUACUCGAAAGUUAAAAUUUAGAUUUUGAAAAAAUGAUUUUGAGAGAAUUUUGAGACAUCGAUUUAACGUAUUUUUUGACGGUGAGGUACAAAUGUGGACAACAUUUAAACGUCUAAAAGAGGUCCAAUAAUGACGUCUUAAUCUUGGAUCCAUGUUGCACGUUGUGUCGACGUCUAGAUUUGGUCUUCAGGUGACAUCCAAAUUCUAAACAUCAGAUCGAUGUCUAAAAAAGGUCCAAUUUGAAUGUCGAAAUUUCUAACCUGCUGGUAGCACUGACGUCUAGAUGUGGUCUUUGACGGAUCGACCCAAUACUGACUCGAUCUGCACGUCUCUUUGACGUCCGAUGUUUGAUGGGAAAGUUUUAUGAGUCAGAAAAGUCAGAUUUCUCAGAUUCAUUAUCGACUCGUAAUAAAAAGUCUAAAUGUUGAGUUUUCCUGUUUCUCUCUCUCUGUGUUCAGGACACUGAUUCUGUUUUUGAGUUUUUCACUUCUUCAUAUUUAGAGUUUGAACAUGUUUCUGUAUCUGCAGAUCUUCACCUUCUUAUAGUUGGACUCCUGAGGUUUGAUUUCAAGUCACAGUAGUGAGAAUAAUGAGAAUAAAAGUGUCUCUCUUUGUGUUGAAGCUUUAAUUUGACGUCUUUGUGUUUUUGUCGUCAGCUCGGGUUCAACCUGGUGAUGAAACACCCGUGCUGCGUGAACGAGAUCACCCUCAGCCUGAACAACAGAAACCCGCGGUACGGCGCUCUGAAGCUCUCACUGACGUAGAUAAACUCAUGUGAAACUUCUGAACUCAAAGUGUGUGACUCUUGUGUUCGUCAGGACCAAGGCGCUGGUCCUGGAGCUGCUGGCGGCCGUGUGUUUGGUGCGAGGAGGCCAUGACAUCAUCCUCUCCGCCUUCGACAACUUCAAAGAGGUCAGCUGAUCUUUAUUCCAAGAAUUCACGCACACGUUUUUCCACAAACUCUUCACCUUUCCCGCUCGGUCGUAUCUCACCGUGACUCAGCCCACUCAGACUUAUUUUAGAGCAGUUAUGUGCUCCACAUAGACGAGGUCUUAGUGGACCAGCAGCACCCGCAUACCAGAGGCCCUUUAAUGCAUGAAAACCAGGGUUAAGGGGAACCCCAGACCCUCCUGUCCCCCCGUCAGCUGCCGGGUCCAGUUGUCCCCCCUGCCAGAUGAACCUGAGUGAGGAGGUGUAAAAAUGUCCCACACUUGUGGAGUCCCUCUGACCUCUCCUUGGCCCGUCUCUCAUCUUUGACUCAGAAAGCAGCAACUGUUGCCAACAGAUCCGCUCUUGGAGAUCGAGCGGCGUGAACCUGAACCAGGAGGGUCUAUUUUCAGGAUCUUUAGAAGCUGCCCUACGACGACAAACUCUGCUGCAGCGGUUUUAGAUUCACGCUCCGGCUGCUCCUCUGUGAAGUCUGAUCAUUAUCAGCCGCUGAAAUUUACGAUCCAAUUUCAGAAACACUUAAAACAGUUUCAGUUUAAAUGAAGCAGCUGCUGCAGAGGCUCCGAGGAGCUUUAACUCCUCCAGUUAUUGGAGUUUGAGAGUAAAGGUCUCUAAAGUGUGUUUGGUUGAUUAUCUUCUGUCUGAAUGUUUCACUGUCUGACAUCUUAGAUCAGUUAUCUUUCAUUUCACUUCUUUGUAGGUCUGUGUCAUGGGUUUAAAAACGUGAUAUCAGAGUGAAACUCUCAGAUGUUUUUCUGUCUCAAUAGUGAACUUUUUAAUCUAGAAUUAAACUCAUACUUCGCUCUGAUGUGCGGCUGCUUUAAAUCUGCAGAAACACACAUCAUGCUGUUGUGCAGACAGUGCUGAGAGUUCUGUAAUCUAUGGAGUCAGAGCUCCCCCUGCUGGACAAACUUUGACUCUUAGAGGUUUAAAGUGUUCUAUUCCUCGGCUUUUAGUUCAGCGUGAGAGGUCCGUGUUUAAUCCGUCUGUUCAAUUAUUCCGUUCAAUCUUAAAUCUUAUUUGUUUUUCCAUAUAACCAAAAAAUAAAAGAUUAGUGUUUGUUUUCCUAUUUUCAGCUCAAAACAGAAAAUAUAAUAGAGACAGAAAUGAAAACAAAAUAAUAAAUAUGAAAAAGUCUAAUCAUCCAUCUCCAUGACAACAGGUGAACCUUUCUCCACCGCUCUGGUCUGGAGUUUUUGGUCCACGUUGUUGCGAAUGUGCGAACAGUAAAAAGGCACCGUGGAGAAUGGAGACAUCAAUAACCUGAAAACGAAAAGUAGAUUUAUUAUUUUGUUUUUGUUUCCUUCUCUGUUAUAUUUUCUGUUUUGAAUUGGAAAUACAAAAACAAACACUGAUCUUUUAUUUUUUCGUUAUAUAGACAAACAAACAAAAUAUUGACUCGUUUUUUCAUUUCCACAGACCCUGAGAGUUGUGUGCUCUCUGUCCUUUUAUCACUUUAAUUUCUUUUAUACUUUUGUGUUUUUAUUUUAUUUAAUUUUAAAUAUUUUUUUUCCUGUUUUUCUUUAUUUCCUCUUGAUGUUUUCUGUUUGUUCUCUUUAUUUUACUCUGCAGCUCUUUGGUAAACUCCACUGCUGUGCAGAUGGCUGAGUGGGUUAGUGCGCCCUGUAUACGGGGACCACAGUCCCUGUAGGGGGUGUGGGUUCGAGUCCGGCCCUGACCAUGUGCUGCAUGUCCUCCUCACUCUCUCUCUAUCUCAAUAAAAAGGCAAAAAUCAUCAAAAAAAUACUAAACAAAAACAUGUUUCCUGUCAGUAUAAUAAGUCCUCAUCAUCAUCAGGCUGAUUUAUGUUAAUUUUUCUGACAAGUUCAGCCUAAAAUAGUCGUUCAAUCCCAUAAAAAGAAGGUCUUAAUAAUGAUUGACAGCUCUGAUUAUCCACAGCACUAAUUUUACUGGAUUAAAACACGACACUCAGAUCCUCUGAACCGUCUUUAACUGUGAGCGUCUGACUCAAAAAAAGGCAAAAAAUAAAAAAUAAAAAAUAAAAAAUGAUUGUAUUGUGUUCUUAAAGUUAAUGUACCUUAAAUAUCCAAAUAUCAGACCCUGAUUUUAUACUGAAGUUGAUAUUUGUAGAAACUAACUUUAGAGUCGUAUCUCUGUUUGCGUUUCUGUUAUUUGACUCUAAUUUAAAAAAGUGUUUUAUCAGAUAAAGUGAGAAACUUAAACAGUUUUAUCUCUUUAAAGUGCAGAUUUAGUUUUUUUUUUCAGGGUUAUUUUGCUGUCAGAUUAUUUUUAGAUUUUCCUUUCAGCUGAGAGUAAAAAAAAAAAAGAUGAAGCGUCGGAUUAAAAACCCGUCGGUUCUCAGGUACGAAGUCCUCUGGCAGCUUUAUCUCGUCUGCUGAUGAGAGUGGCAUCAGUUUCCACGGCGGAGACUCGAGUAUCACAGUGAGUGGCGUUUGUUUUGGCGCUGCAGCGGCGUCAUUGUGUGUGUGUGGGCGAGAGAGAAAGAAAGAGAGAGAGAGAGAUGGAGGCUCUGGGCCAGGAGCUGCUGGAGAGUCCUGGGCAGCAGAACGUGGGCUUUUGUUUUGGGUUGUGCAGCCUGUCAGGUUGGUGUGCUGCAUUAUUUAGAGGACAUGAGUGGGCAACCGGGGGGAGGCGGGCGCUGACAGAGUAAUGGAGGAUGAAUAAAACGCCGAACACGGGUAUUACUGGGUUUGUUUUUAAAGAACGGCGUCCUCCUCUGAGUUUGUUGAUUUAAUUUUAAAGCUGCAGAAUAAAGAGAACAACAGACGCAGAGCAAUCAUCCUACACAAAACAAACACAAAACACAAACUCAGCGCCGCUCUGGUUAUUGACGAGGUUUUUGUGUGUCUCUAAAAUGAACCGAGAUGAACCUGAAACUGAAUCCACAACCACAAAGUCCACAGAAACCUCCAAACCCGUCCCCCUCCUGCACCAUCAACACGCCGUCUGAUGAGAUCUGCAGAUAAUAGAUGUGAGGAUGUUUGUCUGCGUGCAAACACUGCCCCCGUGUGUAAACACAGGGAAGCUCUGAACAAACACGAGUUCAUUUAUCAGGUCCACACACACACACACACACACACACACACACACGGCUCAUCAUCUGGGAGCUCGAUAAAGAGAACAACAGAGCAGCUCAGGUGUGUUUCCAGGUAUCAGCUGAUGACGGAUCUUAAUCGUUGUUUUUGUCUCUCAGGUGUGCGGAGAGAAAACUCGCUUUGAGAAGCUCAUGGAGUAUUUCUGCAACGAAGACAACAACAUCGACUUCAUGGUAAAGGUUUCUGUUUUAGUCUUUUUGUUUUUGUGUUGAUGGGAGGACAGGUGGAUAGAAAACCUUAAAGGGAUAUUCCGGUAUAAAAUUAAGUUACACCGAGUCAGACCCCCCCUCCAGAGAUGAAUGUUGCCGACUUCUUGCUUCUCUAGUUUUACCAACUUUAGUAACGACCGCAGGAUAGCAAUACAGAGAGCCACGCCCCCAACCAAAACGCCACUCUAUAGCCACAAAUAAUGCUCAGCUCCAACUCACCUACUCUCUUCUAGUAGCCGCUUGUUUGUAGUGAGACCUCAGGCCAGUCCAUUACAGACUACAGCGGGGUGACGCAGCUCAAGGAAGAACAUUUAUGAUCAUUUCUUCAUGGAAAUACAAUCAGACCGAGACGUUAAGGCAGAAGAACUACUGCGUCUGCAGAGAAAAUGAUUAAUAUGAUGAUUAUUACUUAAAGGAAAUGAUAAAGACAUGAUCAUAAAUCAUCUGUAACUCCUUAUUAAAAGAUAAUUACUCUAUAUUUAUUAACCUAAAUGUAUGAAGAGAUUCUGCUACACAGCCUAACUGUUACGGUGUGUUUGACCCUAAAUUAAUUUUAAUCCGGAAUAUCCCUUUAAAUGAACCUCAACCUGGAGUAAAGCCGCAGGACCAGCUGAACUUAAACACAUGAAAAUAACACGAUCAAUAAUCAAUGUUUCUGUGUGGAUGUCUCUCUCAGUAGGUUUGAUCCUCUGCUCUGUAAACAGAUGAUGUAAUUCUCUGUCUGACCACCAGGUGGCCUGUAUGCAGUUCAUCAACAUCGUGGUGCACUCAGUGGAAAACAUGAACUUCAGAGUUCACCUGCAGUACGAGUUCACUCAUCACGGGCUGGACGACUACUUAGAGGUGAGUCUGACCUUUGACCUCAGGACGACUCGAGUCCCUGAUGAUGAAGAAUCAGAAAUAAAACAUGAACCCUGACAGGUCAGUGUGCUGUAACCCGAGUUUUUGUGCAGAAGUUGAAGUUCACGGAGAGCGACAGGCUGCUGGUGCAGAUCCAGGCCUACCUGGAUAACGUGUUUGAUGUUGGCGCUCUGCUGGAGGACGCAGAGACCAAGAACGCUCUGCUGGAGCACAUGGAGGAGCUGCAGGAGCACAACGCCCAGGUACAGACGCUGCACACGCACACACACUCGGCGUGCUCUCACAGCGAUGAGGUUCUCACGGCAUCGUGAUCUUGUGUCUGUGACAGCUGACCUGCAGGAUUCAGGAGAACGAGAAGGAGGCGACGGAGAAAUGCUCCAGCCUGGAGAAGAAGCUGAUUCAGAUGACCAAAGAGGUGGAGCUGCUGAAGGUAAAAGGUCUUAUCAGGCGUCCACGUAUGAUAGAAACAGAUUUUUAGGUCUUUGUUUCAUCGAGAGAAGUUCAACAACAACAACAACAACAACAACAACAACAACAACAACAACAACAACAACAACAACCUAUCAGAUUUAGAAGUUUGGACAUGUUCACCUUCAUGUUUGGAAACAGAGGAGACCAGGUCCUGAUCUAGACCUUCAGCGUCUCUGGUUCAUAUUUCAGAUAUUAAAGAUUUUGAUAUUGUUCAGCGUCCGUGGAGUCUCCACAGAUGGUUUUGGACUGUGUGGAUGUGGUUUCCAUGGUUUCCAAAGAGACUGUCAUGUAGAUUCAUCAGACCACGGUUCCUUCAGGUCCUUCUGUGUCCAGUUUUUUGGUUUAUUGAGUCUGAGCCGGCGCUGCAAGCUGUGGGCCAAAGCCUUAGAGAAAUUGCAGGAAUUAUUUUUUAAUAUAAUUAUUAACUUUAACCUUUUGUUCCUGUUAAUUUGAAGCUCCAUCCAGCCGACUUUGUCCCCAAAACGGACAUGGUCUGAAACAUGCACCUAAAUCGGUCCUUGACAGUGAUUUUAACCCUUACCCUAUAGGGGUGGCAGGCAGUGUGACAGGGCGGUGGUCCACAGAGGUGGCGGCAUGACAUGGCUUUAGUUGUGCGCUGGUUUCAUUGUCGUCGUUUAUCCACAUGAUGAGUUUCCGAUGUUUCCCUCGCUCUGUCGUAGGAGAGUCUCCGGGAGUCGUGCUCUCAGGUGUCUCAGCUGCAGCAGAGAGAACGAGAGAGAGAGCUGGAGCGAGAGAGGGAGAGAGAGAAAGAGAGAGACCAGGACCGGUCCGUCCAGGCCCUGAAGGAGCUGGAGGUCAAGGUCCAGGACCUGGUGGAUCAGGGGCUGGUCCGGAUGGAGCGCUCCACCUCUGGACACCUGGACAUUCAGGUGGUUCCCGUCAACCAGCUCGGGAGUCAGAAAGGUGAGAGGAGCUAAUAAUCAAAUAAAAGGGGUUUCCUCUUUGUCCACAAGGGGGCGCCAGAGUCGACACAGACAGAAAGUUACUCACUGGAGCUUUAAUGAAAAUAAAAAGGCAGGUUGAAGUUCACAGUCAGGACUUUACCCAGUGUGGACAGCAGCAGGUUUUAGUCCUGAGCAAAGAUUAAAAUCACAGAAUGAGGAAAGAGAAACCGUCUCAUUAGCUCCAUGAAACAGUAAUGAGCUCAUCUCUCCUCUCACAGAUUUACUAUUUAAUAAGAAGAAGAAUAAGGAGUUGUUUUGGUUCCCGGACGCUGCAGCUCGGAGUUGAAUGUGAAAUAAAAAGCCUGUCACUCUGUCACUCUGUCGGCGUCUGCGGCUUUUGUUUUGCAAAAUAAAUCAUUUCCUUUAUUAGAAGAAGAGACCCCAGAGGAAAGUCUUUCAGGAUGAGCCUCAAAACACCAAAGAUAUUGUUCAAGGAGACAAAAGAGACGAGAAAUAAUGAGGCAAAGAGGAAAACCAUUUUCUGUCUGUGGUUUAGAGAAAAAAACUCAUGAAGGCGAGAGAGAAAAAACAGAUCUGAGUCAGUGAAGGAAGGAGGACGAGUUUUAGUUUCACAGUUUUCCCCUCAGAGGUUUUAUACUCUGAGAAUUUAAGGUAAACAUGGAGCUGAAACUCGAAAAUUAAGUUCACAACACUUCAGUUUGGCGUCAUGAAGGAGACAAACGUGUUAUUAGGCGUCCUGAGAACUUCUAGACAUCAGAAAAAAGAGGAUUAGGGGUGGAGGCGGGGUUAAAAAAAACACCCAGGAGGAAACUGGCUGAGAUCAGCUGAUGUGCUGACAGCCUGCCUGAACUAGCUCUGGUAUCUUUAGUAUGACAUCAUUCUCUCUCUUCUUAAACUCUAACUUUGUCGUCGUCUCUCCAGCUGAAGAAGGUAAAGACCAGCAGGAGGCUCCUCCCUCAGACCCUCAACCCGACCUCACUGAUGGUCCUCUGCAGUCGACCGCAGUUCAAGCUCCUCCUCCUCCACCUCCUCCUCCUCCUCCUCCUCCACCUCCAGCCUCUAACAGAGCUCCUCCUCCUCCUCCAGCGGCUCCGCCUCCUCUGCUGCUGGUGACAGAGGGGAGCUCAGGUGAGUUCGUCUAACAGGAGACGUCUAUAUUUUUACAAAUUCGUCCGUUUUUGAGUUUGAUUUUGUUUUUCCAGGUUUGAAGAAGAAGAAGCCGAUUCAGACCAAAUACCGGAUGCCUCUGCUGAACUGGCAGGCGCUGAAAUCCAACCAGGUGGCGGGAACCAUCUUCAACGAGCUCGACGACGAACACGUCUUAGAGGUUUUCUGUUGCUCUGUCUCAUAUUCACCAAAUUAAAUUCUUUUUUCUGUCGUUAGAUUUUUAGUCCACGAAGUUCCUCUCUCAAUUUUCACCGCAUUCGGAACGGCUCCAAUCCAGAACGGUGUUGAUUUUCGCUGUACGCCGAUUCUUUGUUAAAAGGACAACUGGACUUACUUGGGACGUUUUGCCUCAGGCGAAACGUCCCAAGUAAUUCCAGUUGUCCUUUCCAAAAGAGUUUUAGAUUUUGAUUCAUCAGACAUCAGGACAGUUAGUGAUAUUAAACCUACGUUGUGACUCCAACUACAGAGCGAACGUAAAGAAGAAGAUGGAAACUGACAGAAUAACUUGAAUGAUCCCGAUCAGCUACGAUCAGUGGAUACGACCUUUUCGUAGCCGUCCUGGAUACGGUGGAAAUUGGCGGUUAUUCUCCAAAACCAAACUUUUUAACCUCGCUGUCUUUCACGCCAUCGUCUUCCCUCAGGAGCUGAACAUGUCAGCCUUCGAGGAGCAGUUCAAGACCAAAGCUCAGUCCUCUCCUGUAGAAAUGGGGACCCUCAAGAUGAAACUGGCCAACAAGACCCCGAGCAGAGUGUCUCUAAUGGAGCCCAACAGGGCCAAAAACCUGGCUAUCACCCUUCGCAAAGAGGGGAUGGCGGCGUCCGACAUCUGCUGCGCGAUCGAGACGUACGUACCGAAACUGAUCUGUAUGAUCCGAACAGGAAGCAGAAUAAUGGACCGUCUGUCCUCCUCACAGGUACAACCAGAGGGCUCUGAGUCUGGACUUCCUGGAGCUCCUGGAGCGGUUCAUCCCCACGGAGUACGAGACGAAGCUCAUCCACAACUACGAGUGCGAGGGCAGGCCCCUGGACGAGCUCAGCGAGGAGGACCGCUUCAUGGUGCGCUUCAGCAAGAUCCCCAGGCUCUCUCAGCGAAUCAGCACGCUCACGUUCAUGGGGAACUUCCCCGACAGCGUCCAGAUCAUCCAGCCGGUGAGUUCACAGAUCAGGAGGAGUUCAUGUGGAGAAACUUUAACCACAAACCCAUCUUUCUCCGCAGCAACUCAACGCUCUCAUCGCCGCCUCCAUGUCCAUCAAAUCCUCCAGCAAGCUGAAGAAAAUCCUGGAGGUGAGUCCAGAACCGUCCAGUCCUGUAGAAUCACAGAUGUGUUAGCGCCUGUAUUUCUCCAACUGUGAAGUUUCUGUCUCUGUUUGUGACGUCAAGAUCGUCCUGGCGUUCGGAAACUACAUGAACAGCAGCAAACGAGGAGCGGCGUACGGUUUCCGUCUGCAGAGUUUAGAUCUGGUGAGAAAAAAAGAGACAAAAACUUUGAAACGUUUCAGUAUUUUAUCAGAUUUUUAAUGUAAACAAACAUUUAAAAACUCGAGUUAUUCACGUUUUCGAUCCAGCUUUAUUCAGACAAAUCAAUCAGCUGAUCACAAACCCAGCAGCUCUUCUUCUGUUGACGUCGGCUCCUCUCUCUCUUCAGCUCCUGGACACCAAAUCCACAGACCGCAGACAGACUCUUCUUCACUACAUCGUCGGCAUCAUCCAGGAGAAAUACCCCGAGCUCCAGACCUUCGACACCGAGCUGCACUUCCUGGAUAAGGCGGCUCUGGGUGAGAACAUGAACACCAUAAACUCGGAGAUCUCCAUCAGGAACAUCUCAGCAGUUUCAUUAAACAGAACCGUCUUCUCUUUUCUCUCUGUUUUUAUCCUGUCAGUCUCUCUGGACAGCGUCCUGCAGGACGUGCGCUCUCUGGAGCGAGGUCUGGAGGUGACCAGCAGAGAGUUCUCAGUGGAGAAAGAUAAUCCAGUCCUGAAGACGUUCAUCAGCAGCAACACGGAGCUGCUCCACUCCCUCAUCGCAGACGGGAAAACAGCCCAGGUCGGAGAUAACUCUGAGCUGAUACCUCCAGUUUUUAGACAGUUUUCAUGUUUCAGUAACUUCCUGUUUUCUUCUCCAGGCCGCGUACGACUCUGCUGUGGAGUACUUUGGAGAGAACUCUAAAACCACUCCGCCCUCCGUGUUUUUCCCCGUGUUUGUCCGCUUCAUCAAAGCGUACAAGGUCAGAUAAAACUCUCUGUAUCGACUCCUGCCAUGAAUUAACUUAACGACUAAUUCACUUAUUCUGAUAAAAAAACGACCCCGUCAGGAACAUUUAGAGUCAAAGUCCUGCUCCGUAUUUGACCUUUAGAAGUCUUACUGUAACGAAGACUUUGGGUUUUUGUGUUUGACAGCAAGCCGAGCAGGAGAACGAGCAGAAGAAGAAACAGACUGGAGUGAACAUGGAGGCUCCAAGAACUCCGUCUAAACCAGACCUCAUGGGAAACAAGGUGACGACAAAUCUACGACCGGCUGCUGCUUCUCUGAAAAAGUCUUUUUCUAGAUGGACGCAGAUGUUGCUCCUAAACCUGAAGAUGUUGUUUAAAACUGAGGAUGCAGCAUCUAUGAUUUCUAGUUCUACGUUGAAAGGACAACUGGACUUAUUGGGACGUUUCCCAAUAAGUCCAGUUGUCCUUUCCAAAGGAGUAGACGAAGUUAAUGUGGGAGGGGGUGAGCAGCUUGUGGAGUAGUUAUCGAGGUGAACUGAUCAAUAUAUCAUGAUAUUGAUUUGAGGCCAUAUCGCCCAGCCCUAGAUAAACAUAAACAUCUCUAUUGCACAUUUCUUGUCUUUUGAGUAAACAGAGAACAUGUGCAGGCAUUUAACAUGUAAACACGACACUGGAAAUCGACCCCAAACAUGUUUUUUUUUCCAAUAAAUACAAUAUUUUAUCAAUUUGUCAUAUCGCCCAGCCCUAAUCAUAAAUACUGUAGAUGAUGAAAUCUACUCAGGAACUUUAUUCUGAAUCUGUUGCGUCUCUGAGCAGAAAUAAGCGGAUAGACCAGGUUUAGUCCAAACAGAAGUUUUUCGGUCUUUUUGAAGCAUUAGUUCACAAACACAGAUAGAGAGAGAGUAAGAAAUCAUGUCGGCCGAGCUCUCGGUUUGUUUACAGCCCGUCUGAUCCUCCGUCUGCUCGUAUUUCUAACCCGCUCAGAGUUAUUAUUACCCCGAGGAGCUGCAGAUAGUUUGUCGUUGGCCGACUGGGCAGGUUGUAAAACUCUCUGAGGCAAAUGUGUGCGCUGAAACUCUGAGAGGAAUAAAUCAGAGUGAGCGGGACGUUCAUCAAAAGAAACAUCAGAGUUUGUGAGUCGAGCUGAGAGAGAGAGAAAAAACAAAAACGGUGAUCCUGCUGAAGUCUCAGAUAAAGAUGUUCCAUGUUUCAGGUCUGUGUGACGACGACCAAACCACCUCCUGUGGAUCUGAUCGCUGAGCUGAAGAGGAGGCAGGUGACUCCUCUGGUGAGGGAGGGGAAGGACGGAGCCAUCGAGGACAUCAUCACAGGUGAAUAACACACCUGACACACACACACACACACACGGAUAAUCCUGUUAAUGUCCUGCUCACUCUGAAAACAUCACUUUUUCACUCUGCUGUUUCUCAUCCUUCAGUUAAUCUCCUGUUUUUCUGAAAACUUCGUCCUCUCUCCUUUUCUUCUUCUCUUUUUUCUUCUUCUCUUCCUCUCUUGUUUGUCCCUCCUCUCUCUCCAUCUCUCCGUCCUCAGCUCUAAAGUCUGUGCCCUUCACGGCUCGCUCUGCCAAACGCUCCUCUCGCCUCUUCUGUGACUCGGUCUUCAGCGAGGAGGUGAUGCCUUUGAAUCUCUCUGCUUUAACGCUGAUGUUUGUUUUUCCUUUCUCUCUCUCUCUUCACUCAGACACACAGCGACACUUUAUUUGACACACUGGUACUGAUUAUUGAACAUCCAUGAGACCAACAUUUACUGUACAAACAAAUAUCUGCUCUUUCAUUUCUAAUAAUUACAAAUAAAUAUAUGUUUCCACUUUCUAGAGGUCAUGAAGUAAAAGUAGAAAUAAAUAAAAUAUAAAAUAUUCUGGUACACGAACACAGAGACGAUCGCUAACAGUGUUUUAAACUAAAUUCAUCACAAUAUUCUGCUGACAGAUAUUCAGUUUUUAAGCUUUGAGAGAGAGAGAGGGAGAGAGAGCACAGUUAUUAUCAGAAUAUUUGGAGAAAGGUUCUGACUUUAACCCCAAACUCAGGGUGAAAAUCCUUCUCACUUCUGUCUCUUUAAUUACUGAAUAAAAGUUUUACCAUGAAGAAAAUAAACGUCUACAUGAUCAGUACUAAAUUCUGUUUUGUUAAAAAAAAUAGGAUAUUAUCUGAGUUUAAAGCUGUUUUUGUUUAAAUCUCAUCUAAAUCUAAAUGAUUGUUGCCUGUUAAAACCUUUCAGUCAACAGUUUCUGAAUUCACCGUCCGUUUUUAACUCUUUUAACUCUCAAACGUGGACAAAUCAGAAAAGGAUAAUAAAAUUACGGUAUUUUACUGUUAUUUGUACCUCGACUGCAUCAGAUAUUUUCACCAACUUCAUUCCUGUUUAUGGAUAAAAAAUAAAACUUUUACCUUCACCUUACCUUACUUUUACCUUCUAUUUCAGUUUGAGGGAAAUUUAGCCUCCUGUGUAGUGCCCCUAGCGGUUGUCAGGAGAACUGUUCGCCUUGACAGUGAAUUGCGCCAUCUGCUGGAAAACAGUAAAAACAACCAAUUUGAAGCCCAGCCUACAAAGCGAAUGUUUUUUAGUAAAAUAUGACAGAAAAGGCCUUAGUAUAGUAGGAUAAAAAUGUCAUAGUAAAGUAAGUUAAAAAAAAAUGUCAUCAUAUAGUAUGUUAAAAAUGUCGUAAUAUAGAUUGUUAAAAAUGUCAAAGUAAAGUAUGAGAAAUGCAUCAUGAUUAAAAAGUAUUUUUAAAAAGAAAAAGUGAUUUUCUGGACUUUGACGUCUGCAGCUCAACCUCAGAUCUGGUCUCAGCGUCCUCCUCAGUGUUUGUCUCUCUUCCCUCAGAUCUGAGAAACCAGCCGUACAGACGAACGGACGGCAGCCGGCGCAGCACCAAGUGGAAACCAGGACAACAGCUGCACGUGUCCUCAGACAUCUCCCUGUGAAAAAACAAAAGAAACACAACAACAACUCCACGAGUCCAAAACCUCCACAUUAAACUCACUGUGGAAACCGGCCUCUCCACUCAUGCAUGCUCCAGUCUGCAGAGUGAAAAUGCAUGUUCCUACGACUCAGUCAGAGAGGAGCUUUCUGAUGAUCGGAGAGAUUUCUGUGAUUAAAAGAAUCAAAUAUAAGAAACAGAGAGACAGAGCGAGAGUUUUAUCUGCUCCUGAUGUUAAUGACACUGGAUGUCAUACGAACUCAUUAAGACGGUUAAAUGGAAGAACGAGCCGUUCAGCAGAUAGAGAGCUUCAUUAGCCCCGCUCGUCUCAAAGUGACUCUGAAGAAACUUUGAUGGACAGAGCGCUCAUAAAUCAUUUUGAUAGUUUUCUCAAAAAAGCUCUGGACAUGAUUUUUUAAUUGGUUUUAUUUUAAGUAGAAUAUUAAUCAAGCUGUCCAUCUCCCUGUCCUCCUGGAGUAGGUCUCAAAUUAAGCCUGGAGAUUUGUAAUAUAUUUAAAUUAUUUUUAAUACUGAGGUGUAAGUAAGAGGAGCUUCUAUUGUGCUUCUGCAUUUCAACAAUAAAUAAACCAUUUUAUACCGGCCAGGACUCCGAGUCUAUUUGCUGCA